UAGUCUCGUGGCUACCGUGUUCUCAGCCUCUUCACUCAGCGUUUUCCCGUCGUCUCGGGUUGAGAGACCACGAGGCUACUAAGCACUGGGGACAAAGAUGACAGCUGUACGGAACAUCUACUUGGAAAAGAAAAACUAGAUGAGCGGAAAUUACAAUCAUUCAGAUUUAUAGAGAACUCUUCCUUUGAAUUCAAGGUGUUUCAUCCUAUAUACGACUGAGAUAUUGAACCUUUUGGACUGUUGCUAUUGGACCAAAAAAAUGACAUCUAUAAUCAAAUUAACUACCCUCUCUGGGGUUCAGGAAGAGUCUGCUCUUUGUUAUCUUCUCCAAGUCGACGAGUUUAGAUUUUUAUUGGACUGUGGCUGGGAUGAGCACUUUUCUAUGGAUAUUAUAGAUUCCCUGAGGAAGCAUGUUCACCAGAUCGAUGCCGUGCUAUUGUCUCACCCCGACCCCCUCCAUCUCGGUGCCCUCCCGUACGCCGUCGGAAAGUUGGGUCUGAACUGUGCCAUCUAUGCAACCAUUCCUGUUUAUAAAAUGGGACAGAUGUUCAUGUAUGAUCUUUAUCAGUCUCGACACAAUACAGAAGAUUUUACACUCUUUACAUUAGAUGAUGUGGAUGCAGCCUUUGAUAAAAUACAGCAGUUAAAAUUCUCUCAGAUUGUGAAUUUGAAAGGAAAAGGCCAUGGCUUGUCCAUCACACCUCUGCCAGCUGGUCACAUGAUCGGUGGAACAAUAUGGAAAAUAGUCAAAGAUGGAGAAGAAGAAAUUGUGUAUGCCGUUGACUUCAACCACAAGAGGGAGAUCCAUUUAAAUGGAUGUUCCCUGGAAAUGCUAAGCAGACCCUCCCUACUCAUCACAGAUUCAUUUAAUGCCACGUAUGUGCAGCCGAGGAGAAAACAGAGAGAUGAGCAACUUCUGACAAAUGUCCUGGAAACACUUCGAGGUGAUGGAAAUGUAUUAAUAGCAGUGGACACUGCAGGCAGAGUUUUGGAACUUGCUCAACUCCUGGAUCAGAUUUGGAGAACGAAAGAUGCAGGAUUGGGUGUUUACUCAUUGGCACUCCUGAAUAAUGUCAGUUACAAUGUGGUGGAGUUUUCUAAGUCCCAGGUAGAAUGGAUGAGUGAUAAGCUGAUGAGAUGUUUUGAAGACAAAAGAAAUAACCCAUUUCAGUUUCGCCACCUCUCUUUGUGUCAUGGUCUUUCUGACUUGGCCCGAGUGCCUAGCCCGAAAGUGGUCCUUGCCAGCCAACCCGACUUGGAAUGCGGAUUUUCUAGGGAUCUUUUUAUUCAGUGGUGUCAGGACCCCAAGAACUCAAUCAUUCUAACUUACAGAACUACUCCUGGGACUUUAGCACGUUUUCUAAUUGAUAAUCCUUCUGAAAAAGUUACAGAAAUAGAGUUGAGGAAACGUGUGAAGCUUGAAGGGAAAGAACUUGAAGAAUACUUGGAAAAAGAGAAAUUAAAGAAAGAAGCUGCUAAAAAACUUGAGCAGUCAAAAGAGACCGAUAUAGAUUCCAGUGAUGAGAGUGAUGCUGAGGAAGAUAUUGAUCAGCCAUCGGCUCAUAAGACAAAGCACGACCUGAUGAUGAAAGGUGAAGGCAGUCGUAAAGGAAGUUUCUUCAAACAGGCUAAAAAGUCCUAUCCUAUGUUUCCUGCCCCAGAAGAAAGAAUUAAAUGGGAUGAAUAUGGAGAAAUUAUCAAACCAGAGGAUUUCUUAGUGCCAGAACUUCAAGCCACUGAAGAAGAAAAAAGCAAAUUAGAAUCUGGCUUGACAAAUGGAGAUGAGCCCAUGGAUCAGGAUUUAUCUGAUGUGCCCACGAAGUGCAUUUCCAUGACAGAGUCUAUUGAAAUAAAAGCUAGGGUUACUUACAUAGACUAUGAAGGACGCUCUGAUGGGGAUUCCAUUAAAAAGAUCAUUAAUCAGAUGAAACCACGACAGCUGAUCAUUGUCCACGGACCACCAGAGGCCAGUCAGGAUCUUGCAGAGUGCUGCCGUGCAUUUGGCGGGAAAGAUAUUAAAGUGUACAUGCCAAAGCUCCAUGAAACCGUGGACGCCACUAGUGAGACUCACAUCUACCAGGUGAGAUUAAAAGACUCACUUGUGAGCUCCCUUCAAUUCUGUAAGGCAAAAGAUGCUGAAUUAGCUUGGAUAGAUGGUGUCUUAGACAUGAGAGUUUCCAAAGUGGACACAGGAGUUAUUUUAGAAGAAGGAGAACUAAAGGAUGAUGGAGAAGACUCAGAAAUGCAAGUGGACGCCCCUUCAGAUUCUAGCGCGAUAGCACAGCAGAAGGCCAUGAAAAGUCUGUUUGGAGAUGAUGAGAAAGAAACAGGUGAAGAGAGUGAGAUCAUUCCUACUUUGGAACCCUUGCCGCCAAAUGAGGUUCCUGGACAUCAGUCAGUUUUUAUGAACGAACCAAGACUAUCAGACUUCAAACAAGUUCUUUUACGGGAGGGGAUUCAAGCCGAAUUUGUAGGAGGUGUACUUGUUUGCAACAAUCAAGUAGCCGUCCGAAGAACAGAAACUGGACGCAUUGGAUUAGAAGGCUGCCUUUGUCAAGAUUUUUAUAGGAUAAGAGACCUUUUAUAUGAACAGUAUGCCAUUGUAUAAAGGACAUGAUGUCAAGAACUAUCUGUUCGACCUUUCUAAGAAAAAAAGGAUUCUUGUUCUAAAGUUUUGCGCUUUUUUUUUUCCUUUGGUAAUAUAUAAAAAGAAUAUGCCAGAAAAACUUAACACGCAUUAGAUUUUUAAAAAUGUAAAUAGAGACCCUUUUGUUAAUGCUUACGUGAGCAUUCUACCUUUUGGCUUUGAGUGAUAGAGAUCCUAACACACGUGCAGGCCUGAGAGUGGACGGUGAUUGGUUUCCUUUAUAGACCCCUUAUUCUAGAAGGGCUUUUUACUUGAAUAAAACAAUGCAACUUAGCAAACCAGUUCAUGGCCUUAGAGAAACAUAUUUGCAUGCGUUCUUGCAAACUGUUUCUUACAUUUUCUGGAAUGCAAAGUGAGAAUUAUUUAGAAACGAUAUGCUAUUAGAAAAAAACUGAUCAAAGCUUUUUCUUCUUUUGAAUUCUAAUAUGCAGUUGUGUUCACAUGGAGCAUUUUACCCCGUGCCUGGAUUGCCCAGUGAUGAUGCACUCUAGUGCGAGCUUGUACACAUUUGGUUCGGAAAUCAAUUUUUAUUUCUCCCAUUUCUUGUUUUAUUAAGAUUUUGUUGUUCAGUGUGAAUUAGAACACCAUCGUUUGAAUACACAUAUUAUAAUUCAAAAGAACUCCCUGGUGUGUUGUAGUCUUAAGAGUUCUGCAUACAUUUUAGACACAUCUUAACUGUCAGCUAGGUUACUGUAUUAAAACUGUUUAGUGUUCUGUUUUCAAGGAAAUAAAUGUUGACCCUCACAUUUUUAUAAGGUAAGAGUAUAAUCUAAUUAAAAGGUGUGAAUGUUUUCAUCUCUUAGGCUUGCUCUCUCCUGAGGUUGCCCAAGCAGUGGUAGGGAUUUAUACACAUUACUACAGAAAUAAUACUGAGGUUGGUUGGAUAAGGUCAUCCUUUCUGUAGUCACAUCUUUCUUGGGGCUGGCAGCCCUGAUAUACUAUAAACCACUUGUAUGUAAGAGUAAAAACUGAAUAUAUGCAAUUUUCAUUGAUCUUAAAAAUGAAAAUCAUGUCACCCUAUUGUAAUCUGUUGAUACUUUCUAAAAAUGCAGCUUAAUUAUGGCAGACCUUGAUGUUUAUUUCUUAAGUAUUUAAGCCCUCCUCUUUACACUUAGCAUUUUUAGAAGGAUCAGACUUCCUACGUAACUUCUAUGGAACUAUGUGUAUAUAGUACAAUCCAGUGAUAUCAGACUAGAAUUAAUAUUUCAUUCUAUUUCAAAUGCUUACAAAGCUUUUCUUGUGGAUUAUAGCGCUAAUGCAAAGUUUACAGUCUUCUGAUACUGAAAAUCAGAUAUACAGUGUUAUACAAAACAUACAAAAGUGUUACAGAAGAUGGAGAUAUAGAGUAUGUUUUCUUUGCAGAGCUCUGGAAAAAAUUCACUUAAACUCUUAUUACUGAAUAGAGUAAGCUUAAAAUUCUGUUUAUUUUACAGGGGGGAGGAAGUCUGCAUUUGUUUCAUGGCUUAAAGCAUUUGGUUAUACUUAUUACAUUGCAAUACUGAUAAUGAAAAAUUGUUUUCUGCCUAGCCUUUUUAUUGUCCUAUGAACAGGAAUUAAAUUUUAAAGUACUGCUCGAA